GAAGACAUAAAAAGUGUUGCGGAAGAAGAAGGAGGACUUCCAUGAGAAAGGAGAGGGAGUGCAACAACAAAUUACGGCUCAGUCCCGAUCUUCACGCAAAGCUACGAUUUUGGCUUCAUAGAUCUCCAAAAUUCAUCUUCAAGCAUUCCCAAUCGUAUGUGACAAGUAAUGGGGUCUGAAACUACUGCAGCUUCUUCUUCUGAGCACUCCGACAUGUCCAUCUCAGGGCUUCACGAUAAGCACCGUCUAGAGCUAGAAAAUUUGACACUAACCUCACAACCUUUCAAAACACUGAAACUCUUCAUAUUGGCUGUUAUUCAAUACAUGAAGAAAACAACAUUGUAUUUGUUGGCAAAAGGUGGGUGGCUCAUGCUAUUCAGUGUUGCGGUAGGGACUCUUAGCAUAUUGCUGAUGGCCUUGGAUGGUCCUCACGGGAAGCAUCGUGAGGAGGUUCUUGAAUAUUUCCGCUUUGGACUGUGGUGGAUUGCCCUUGGGGUUGCAUCUUCAAUUGGCCUAGGCUCUGGUUUGCACACAUUUGUUCUAUAUUUGGGUCCACACAUAGCACUGUUUACAAUUAAAGCAACACAAUGUGGCCGAGUGGAUUUGAAAAGUGCUCCAUAUGAUACCAUACAAUUAAAAAGAGGUCCUUCUUGGCUUGAUAAAGACUGUUCUGAAUUUGGGCCACCAUUGUUCCAGUCAGUAUAUGGUUCAAGGGUUCCACUUAGCAGGAUUUUGACUCAAGUUCAGUUGGAGGCCAUUCUAUGGGGUCUCGGAACUGCUAUAGGGGAGCUUCCACCUUACUUUAUCUCCAGGGCAGCACGUUUGUCUGGGAGUAGAGUGGAUGCAAUGGAAGAGUUGGAUAACGAAGAUAAAGGAAUCCUGAAUCAAGCCAAACGCUGGUUUCUUUCGCAUGCUCAACAUUUGAAUUUCGUUACCAUUCUUGUGCUUGCAUCGGUGCCAAAUCCUCUAUUUGACCUUGCUGGCAUCAUGUGUGGACAAUUUGGCAUUCCGUUUUGGGAAUUUUUUCUUGCGACCAUGAUUGGAAAGGCAAUUAUUAAAACUCACAUACAGACAAUAUUUAUCAUCUCAGUUUGCAAUAAUCAACUUCUUGACUGGAUAGAGAAUGAAUUUAUAUGGGUUCUCAGUCAUAUACCCGGUUUUGCUUCAGUCCUGCCUAGCGUGGUGGCUAAUCUGCAUGCAAUGAAAGAUAAGUAUCUGAAAGCACCCCAGCCAGUUUCCCCGAAAAUUCAGGGGAAAAAGUGGGAUUUGUCUUUUACAUCAAUCUGGAACACAGUGGUGUGGCUCAUGCUCAUGAACUUCUUUGUCAAGAUUGUUAAUGCAACAGCACAGAGGUAUCUGAAGAAACAACAAGACAGAGAGCUCGCUGCAUUAACGGAAAAGUCAGUCUCAACAGAUUCAGAUGCACAAUGAAAUGAUGUUGUUCUGCUUGUGUUGCCUCUUUUUAGUUGGUUCCUCUUGCAAGCAGAAAAUUCGAAUAUGAAUUACAGCUGUUCCUGAAUGCCCCAUCAAAGUUACUGCAGCAGAGCCCUAUUAAUCUGUUAGAAAGUUCUAUAGGAAGGAAUAUACAAUGAAGUUAGGAAAAAGUAGUUGCAGGUUGCAACAUUUAUUGUUUCAAGUUUCAACAAUGUGACAUUUGGGGGAAAGCAUUGGUUGGAUAUUUAGACCUAAACACUACAUUAGAUACUGCUUGGAAUGAAUUAUGGGAAUCCUAUUAUUCUUUGGAAAUGAAUGGCAAGACAAAUUAUUUGUUCCCUUUA